CGUCGCGCCGCGUCGGUUUUCGUCUCUGACAGGCUGCUCGGCGUCGAUGAUGUUUGCGACAAAAAGAAUUGGCGACAUUUGCCUUUAUCGUUAGUGUCACCGCGUUACCUCGGCUGGGCCGACGGCUAAAAAUUUCCAUCUUUUCCGGAGAGGAUAUGCAACGGAUAUUGAAAGAAGUGUGGCGAAUCGUUGAAUCGGAGGAUUUGAUAUUGCUGCUGAAUCGACUAAACGAUCUGGCUCGUUUUUUAAGCGAUUCGACGGCUAUCAUUGAGACGUUACCUGAAACGACGACGACAACAAUCAUUACCACCAGCUCCGCUACUACUACCACUGCCAUCGCCACCGCCACCGCCAUCGUCACUAUCGCUAUCACAGCGACGACAGCAAAAAUAACAACAAAGUGGACGAACGUGUCAGCGAGAAAUCCGUGUUUCGUUGGGUCGGAAUCGAAAGUAAAAGUGGAAACGGCUUCGGUGCCGGUGACAGUGAGUGAAUUGACGUCGGCAUCGGCAUCGGCAUCGGCAUCGGCAUCGGUACCGGGUUCGGCGUCAAUGCCAUUGCCGACCACACAGUUAUCCUCGUCGUUCGGUUCACUUCCGUUAUCGCGACUUUAUGGUCAAGCGAAGAACUUGUUGUCGUACGCGUGCCCAGCGCGUACGAAGAUUGAAUGGUCAAACGACAGCGGUAGCGGGAGCGGGAGCGGGGGCGGAUGCGGAGGUGGAGGUAUCGCUGGAGGUAGCACCGUUCCGGAUCGUCGAGAAGAAGAGAAAGAGCAACGAGAGCAACGUGUCCGCGUACACAUCGGUAUCGACGACGAUCUCCGCACGAUCCUUGAAAUGGAUCCGUCGAUCGUCGAUGGAAUGGCUGCCAUGGCGCCCUUACCCUUGUCCAAUGAUUCUCGCAGCAAUGACCACGUUGCGUUCGCACGCCCGUUACGCCCCAUUCGCCCGCAAGGCUGUCCACCGACGUUCAAGACCGCAACGCCCACCUCUCGCACCCAAUUGAAGCUCCAGCUGAUGCGAGAACAACUGCAGGAGCAGGAGAGGCGAGAGGCAGAAUUUCGUCAGAGUUUGCAGCAACAGAGACCAGCAGCUGCACCUCCAAGACCUGUACCCACCACCGCAUCCUUGUCGACCAUCGGGGUGGAUGUGCCGCCGCAAGUCUUGCAAGUACGUACGCUCCUGGAAAACCCGACUCGUUACCACGUUGUACAAAAGCAAAAGAACCAAGUGCGGCAGUAUCUUCACGAAUCGUUUCGCGGUGGUAGCGAAGAUACCGAAAACGAAAACGAAAACGAAAACGUUUUUCGUGGAAACUCUGUCGAAGGUACGCCACCAUCCGUGCCAAUGGUCGUUCAGAGUGCACCACCGGGGUCAACGGUGCAUCAUCCGAAGCCGCAGCAUCCUCAUUUGGUGGCCUCCUAUCCACACGCUCCGACCGCGACGAUUUUGUCGCACGGUAAUCCGGUCGCGGCCAGUCCAGACCCGACGACCGGUGCUAUGUCACCAGGACUUUCCAGCGUCGCAACUAGCAACUCUGAGGCGGAGGACCUGCUGGACGACAUUUUAUCGUUCGAAGCUGGAUCCUUGGGUGAUAAUCUAAAGGAUGGUCAAACUGGAAGUCUGAGCAACAUUCCGGAACUGCAAAUCAAACCGGAACCUUUAUUGCUUACCGAGGCCGAGAUACACGCCCUUGCCAAAGACAGACAAAAAAAAGAUAAUCAUAAUAUGAUCGAGAGACGACGGCGAUUCAACAUCAAUGACAGAAUCAAAGAGCUUGGUACCCUCUUACCUAAAACGAACGAUCCGUAUUACGAAAUCGUUCGAGACGUCAGACCGAAUAAGGGCACGAUCCUGAAAUCCUCGGUCGAGUACAUAAAGCUGUUAAAAAACGAGUUGACCAGGAUGAAACAAAACGAAUUGAGGCACAAACAAUUGGAGCAUCAGAAUCGUCGACUUUUGUUACGAGUUCAGGAGUUGGAACUACAAGCGAAAGCUCACGGGUUACCGGUUUCCGAUUUUAAUUGGGCUUCCAGCUCGGCCAAUAUGCAGCUUGCCAGGAACAAGUUCGAGCAACGCAAGAUGCCGGAGUUGGUGGCGGAAGAAGGAACGAGUUUGAGUAUGUCGCAGCUCGAGGAUCUGAUGGAAGACGAUGCGACCGGUCCGAUUCAUAGUCGCGACCCGAUGCUCUCUUCUCCGCAUCUACCACCGUUGAGUCCAGCACCGACCGGAUGUCAGCACGGUCUACCGGACGAAGACACUCUCGGUAGUUUGGCAUCGACUACACCAAACUCUUCCUCCGACAUGGAUAUUGUCGCGUAGCAAACCCUGAACUGUAACAGGAAUCGCAAAACUGUUCGUCCCUUAGUAUUUCGAAUGCGAGUGCAAGUGCAAGUGCGAGUGCGAGUGCGAGUGCGAGUGCGAGUACGAGUGCGAAUGCGAGUGCAAAAUCGGCCGCGAACGUGUUUCAACGUUAACGUAGCGAGUUGAUAUCGUGUGAUAAUUGGAUAUAUGAAAAUUCUUGCGAGAAUGGGUUAUCAUUUUAACGGUUUAUCAUUUCGACAAAAUGAAUUUCUUAUUCUUCUACUGUUCUUCAACUGUUCUUCAACUGUUCUUCAACGGCUGGCCGUUACGCGCGUGCAAUUGUCUGUGCCCUUGCUUUGGACAACGUUUUCCUAUUGCGUUCGAUUUGAAAAUUUCCUUCUUUCGUUCGUUCGUUCGUCCGUCCGUCAGCGUCAAGGCAAUAACGAGGAGAUUUUAGUAUUCAACGCUAGUAGUACGCGUUCGUUGCUCCGAUUCCUCGUAAAAGGAAUUCGACUGAUGCGGAGCCGAACCAUUACAUCUCCGGAUCGAUAUCGUCGACACGAUUAUCGUGAAAUACAAAGGCGCGUAAAACGACAGGCGAGAGAAUACUCGCGCGGGUCGCGAGUUUUUCUCUACUCAUGGAAUGGAAGAAAAUAAGACGAAACGAAACGAAACGGAACGGAACGGAACGGAACGGAACGCAUCAAAAUCGAAUCAAAGCUAUUUUUUCGACGCGCCAAAAGAGGUGUGUGCGAUAAGCAUAACGGUAGAACACGCUCAAUCAUCGUUGUUCAAAAGUGCUCGAUUUUGUCAGGAACGAGGCCAACGUCGAAAGUAGUUUGUGUCGCAACGUUUCAAUCUAGAAUCUAGACACUGUCGCUUACAAAGGAGCGUAAAUAAUCUUACCAGGCUUCUUUUUCUUGCUAGCAUUAUUUUCUCUCCCUGUGGUGCUUGUUCCUUAACGUAACGUAAGACGUUAAACUAUGCGAGAUCACAGAUCGAAAAGAAGCACGAAAACGAGGAGGAAAGGGAGAAGUAAAACGAAAGCGAGGACAAGGAAUACCUAGUAGAUAAACAAGACGGUGGUCCCCCUUUUCAAAACGUUCUGCAACCUUUCCGGAUGCGCAAUAUUCUACAAUCUACCAAAAGCUUGCGACGAAACUUGAUUUUCUCGAGUAUUUUGCGUUGGAAACGGCGCCGCGCCGCGGCCGUUUCUUUCGCCUUGUGAUCGUUUUACUGAUAAGUAUACAAACAAUCAAACAUCGCGUUUUACUUUGUUCGCGCGUAUUAUUCGAUCAUUGUUAUCCACGGAAUCCGCGCGAGAAUCAGGCGAUGUAUCUCGACGGUGCCCGCGAGAAACUACAAAGUAUAUAAAGAAACGUUACGAAAAAACCA